AUGGCUGAAUGUGUUCCUGGUAGAAGUUUAUCUGAUAACAUUAAAUCAGGAAAAAUGUGUGAUGAUUCUAGAAAAUUGAAGACCUAUCAGCAACUGCAUGAUAGUGAUAUGCUGAAGAUAAAUGAUUCAAAAUGUUGGUGUGAAGUUUGUCCAAAGCACGAAGGUGAGGUAAUGAGAUUUUAUUGUAAAACACAUGACACUAUUGCCUGCACCUUUUGUGUAGUUCAAGAACAUAGACAGUGUGACAAUAUAUGCACUUUGGCUGAAAUUGUGAAUGUGGCAGAAUGUUCUGAUAAAUACAAAGUUCUAUGUGAUGCCAUUGAAGAUUUGAAGCUAGAUCUUUCUGAUCAGAUUGAAGGUAUCAAUGAAUCUAAGAGAAUUGUUAUCCUUGAUAGAGAAAAGGCAGUCAGUAAAAUUGAUGAAUUUCAGAUAAAAAUACUGCAGAAACUUCAACUGCUUCGACUUCAAGUAGAAAAAGAAGCCAAAGAAAUAGAAAGAAAAGAAACAGUCAAGUUAAAUGAAGUUCUUACAACAGCAAAUAAAGUAAUGGAACUUGUUGAAGACUUGGACAAAGAGAUGAAAGAUCAUGAAGAAAUGAACCAAUGUCAACAUCAGUUUAUUGCUGUGAAGAAAGCAGAAGAAGAACUUGGGGAUUUGAAGAAAAUGUCAAAAAACUUGAAAACAAGAAACAAACUGGAAAGAUUCAGUUUUGUUGAAAAUGAUGUUUUGUCAAAAAUGAUACAAAAGGUUGAAAAGUUUGGAGAACUUCAAACUUGUAAUGCUGACAAAUCAAAUCAAAGGUUGCAAAGUCUUUUGGUACAUUUAUAUAGAUAG